AAAGAAGAAAGUCUCCAAAUCUAAAAAACAUACUCAAUCCGUUGAGGUAAAAAAUAAAAAUAAACUGUGGAUGCAGUUGAAAAAUGACAAGCAGUUCGAAAGAAAGAUUACAAUUUCGGAUGAUGAGAACGAUGACAAUUCGUCAGAAAUGACAGCAAAGCUACAAGCUAAAGUCGUCACACUUGAGAAAGAGAUCGAAAGACUAAAAAAUGACAAUAAACGUUUGAGAACUUUAAAAACAAUAAACGAAGAUCUGUCAGUAAUAGAUAGCCAAAUAAAAAAUAUAAUGUCAAAUCUGACACAAAUUUUAAAAAAAACGGCGCACACAAAUGAAGAUUUCAACGAACAAAUUAUUCAAAAUGAGAGUCAAGAACUUGAGACACCAGCAAUUGGUAAUAACGUUUCUUCAAUUGAAGAAGACGUAGUUGAGCGUAAGAAAGAAAACGUGGUAAAGCAUGAGAAAGAAAACGUGGUUAAACAUGAGGAAGAGAACGUUAUGCGUGAGGAACCAAUACAUUUCCAUAUAAAGAAAGAAAUUCUGGAUAAAUGCAAUCAUUCGAGUAUUGCUAAAUUGACUGGAGAUCUCACUUCAGCAAUAUUUUCUCGAAAAGAACUUGCUACCUCAUCGUUAACGGGCAAAGUAGCCAAUAUUCAUAAAAAUAAAAAUACGUCUGCAGCCAAGGAAAAAGAAAAACUCAGCCCUCGGAGAGUAGAUGCCAUUAUGUCUUAUGUGCAAUCGACUUUCACAAGAAGUGAAGACACUGUUAAAGAAAUACAAAGAGCCAUUCGUCGCAAAUGCAAUAAUACUCGUAUGCAGUAAUACUCGUAUCAGAAUAUACAAAAAUAGUACAAAUUA